UCUUGUUACUGUCUGGUUGGUCUUCUGACAGUUUCGUGUCUAUCAUGUCUGGACGAGGCAAACAGGGCGGCAAGGCUCGCGCCAAGGCCAAGACCCGCUCCUCCCGGGCCGGCCUGCAGUUCCCUGUGGGCCGCGUGCACCGCCUCCUCCGCAAGGGCAACUACGCGGAGCGGGUGGGCGCCGGCGCCCCGGUGUACCUGGCGGCCGUGCUGGAGUACCUGACGGCCGAGAUCCUGGAGCUGGCUGGCAACGCGGCCCGCGACAACAAGAAGACUCGCAUCAUCCCGCGCCACCUUCAACUGGCCAUCCGCAACGACGAGGAGCUCAACAAGCUGCUAGGCCGCGUGACGAUCGCUCAGGGCGGCGUCCUGCCCAACAUCCAGGCCGUGCUGCUGCCCAAGAAGACCGAGAGCCACCACAAAGCCAAGGGCAAAUGAGACCCUUUUACAAAGCAUUGAUAAUUCAUCAAAGGCUCUUUUCAGAGCCACCUA